AUGAAGCUCUUCAGUCCCACGCGCAGAAGCGCAGCUAGCGCACUCCUUUCUCUCACCCUCUUCAACACUGUCUCCGCCCAAACCAUCCCGGCCAAUGGCACCGUGUACGAUUACAUCGUCGUCGGCAGCGGCCCCGGCGGUGGUAUCGUGGCCUCCAACCUCGGUAAGGCCGGCUACUCGGUACUCCUGCUCGAAGCCGGCGAUGAGUCGCCGGGAAGCGGCUUCGGCAAGUACACCCCGACGGUGACCUGGGACUUUUACGUCAAGCACUAUCCGGAGGGCGACCCACGCGAUAACCAGUUCAGUCAUCUGACGUGGUUGACGCCCGAAGGCCGGUACUGGGUGGGCAACACGGGUGCGCCGGAGGGGUCGGAGCUGUUGGGGGUGUAUUAUCCGCGGGGUGCGACGCUGGGCGGGUCGUCGAUGAUCAAUGCUAUGUCUACGUGGUUGCCCAGUGAUAAUGAUUGGGAUUACCACGCCGAGGUUACCGGUGAUGAUAGUUGGAGAGCCGAGAACAUGCACAAGAUCUUCACCAAGAUCGAAAAGAACAACUACAUGCCGGCCGACACCCCCAACCACGGCUUCAACGGCUACUUUCAAACCCAAAUGGACGUGCGCCAACAGGGGACCCCGCAGGAAGGCAACGCCGUCAUGGCAGCCUACGCAGCCGCCUGGAACCUCACGCUUCCCAUGUCCGACCUCCUGAUCCGCGACCCCAACGAGAUCGGCCCCGACCGCGACGCCACCAACAGUAUCUACGGCAUUGUCCACCACGAGUACGCCAACGGCGACCGCUACAGUUCGCGCAACUAUGUCCAGGACUCCGUGGCGGCCGGCGCCAACUUGACCGUCUCGCUCACCUCCCUAGCCACGCGCGUAUUAUUUGACACUUCAUCAGCGUGUCAACCGGCCAACGACACCGCGGGUGCUCCCCUUCCGCGAGCAACAGGCGUAGAAUUCCUCUUCGGAAAAUCCCUCUAUCAAGCCGAUACCCGCCGGGAUCCCAACACCCCAGGUACGAAGCUCACAGCGCUGGCCCGACGCGAAGUCAUCAUCUCGGGUGGCACCUUCAACUCCCCGCAAAUCCUCCUCCUCAGCGGCGUGGGCAACGCCACAGAGCUCACGGCCCUCGACAUCCCCGUCAUCGCUGACCUACCCGGCGUCGGCCGGCACCUGAUGGACAACCAGGAGAUGCCUAUCGUGGGCACAGGCAGUGGCGGGUCGGGGACCGCGGGCAUAGCGAUGUACGAGACUGCGCAUUCCCCGCGUGAAGGGGAGCGGGAUAUGUUCCUGAUGGGCGCGCAGGGGUUUUUGUUUAGGGGGUUCUGGCCGGAUGAUCCGGUGCAUGUGCCCGAGGAGGCGGCGGCGCAGCCGUAUGGGGUGAGUAUCGUGAAAGGGGCGAGCAUGAAUGAUGGCGGGUGGGUGAAGUUGCGGAGUGCGGACCCGACGGAACGGCCGGAGAUUAAUUUUAAUCAUUUUGCGGAGGGCGCCGAGUAUGAUUUGGAGGCGAUGAAGGAUACGGUGGCGUGGAUUCGGACGGUGUAUCAGGGCGUGGGGAUUACGCCGUUGGAACCGCCGUGUGGGUUGGACGAGGACGGGGGAGAAGCGGUACCUGAUGAGAAUGGGUCGUGUGGAGAGGCGGAUGCGGCGUGGAUUCAGAAGCAGACAUUUGGGCAUCACCCGACAUCGACGAACAAGAUUGGGGCGGAUGAUGAUCCGAUGGCGGUGUUGGAUGGCAAGUUUCGGGUUCGGGGGGUGAGUGGACUGCGGGUGGUUGAUGCUAGUGCGUUUGCGCGGAUCCCGGGGAUUUUCCCGGCUGUGUCAACGUUUAUGAUCUCACAGAAGGCGAGCGACGAUAUGUUGGCUGAGCUGGAGGCUGGGACGGCGCUGCAGGAGUGUCAAUUGGUUUAA